AUGGACAGUUCGUCUUCCUCGCAAGACUUCUCUUCCACAGGGCCUUCCCGGGACGACGAGGAGUCGGCCGCGGGGGAUCCUGGCUCCCUAAUGCCCUUCAACUGUUCCCUGAACGAUGAAUCACCUACCACAGUACAUGUUUCCGAAGCUGACGACGGUGAGGAAGAGGACAACGAAGAGGCUAACAUGGACGAAAGCUCGUCCUCGCUCCCCAUCCCGAUCCCCUCUCUCGACAUCGCUCGCCCGCUUGACAUCUCCAAAGCCUCCCACGAACUUCUCCUGGAAUCAGUCGCCGAUUUCUGGAUUGGGUUUGAUCUCAGUACCUUUCCACAGUUCAUCGCAUCCUGGGUUCCCCGCCUGCGGCAUACCGCCCUGCCGGGAUCGUACGAGCAGCUUUUGUUGCUGUUGUACGAUGACCUCGCCCACUACGUCCGGCUUCAGAAAUCAAUGGCAGACGGCAUUCCAAACUAUCUGACCACACAUAGGGAGCGGGUUCUUCAUGAAGACAGGCUGCGUAACGUGGGAAGAGCUUAUGAAUGGAGCCAUCCGCGCUACCGCAAACCUGCCACGCUGCAUGCUAGACGCCCGUCGUCCCUGGCAAGAAAACAUGCUGACGAAUCUCUUUUCUUUGCUGAGCUGCGGAUGCUGAGGGAUCUGGUUGCCCCCGUGCGCGAUGCUUCCCUGCCCGUUUACUGGAUUACCUUGCGAGCGGAUCGAGCUGACGAUUUGGAACCCGAGUUUGCUGCGUCGCAAGAUAUCAUCGCUAGGCUCAGAAUAUAUUUGCAGGAGUCACUCUAUGACCACCACAAGAACUACACCAUCCACUGCGCGAGGUCUUCUACAGCUGACCCUCGCAAAGCUCUCAGCCUCAAACAGUUUCGUCUGGACACCUGCAAGGGAACGCUGCUCUGGGAGAAGUAUCCCCCAGACCCGAUGCACUUCACCGAAUUUCACCAGCACUACCGAGACCACCUCCUCCAGACAGACCCCGUCGCUGCUCAACAGGCCGGAUUCCUGCCUCCUAUCAAUACACCCCCACCUACCGUCAAGGUUGCCGAUCAACCCGGCAUUGAUCUAGGAGAUCCUUGGGCUCCAGUUACGAACGAAUCGAAGAUCCUGACGCUGUUGGUGCGAACUUCGCAGUGGUUGGCGCUAGCCCGUGGCCUCCCCGCCGUGCAUCUCUUUUAUGAUGUGACUCGCCUUUUCACCAUAUACGGAGUUGACGUGGCCAAUGCUACUCAGAUCGACUUUUGCAAUCUUAUGGACCGUCUGCGUUUUCCUCGGGACGUGCAUGUUCCACCCCCUGGACGCUUUUCGCCAACUCCAUCGGGUGGAAUACACAACCCAGAGUAUUUCAGAGAUCUUGAAGCUGCCAACCGUGCCAUGGCGCAGGCCCUUAUUAAUGAAGAUACUCUGCUGGGAAGAGAUGACGACAGUAUCUCUUGGGACUUCCCGCAUCAAACUUUGGUUUGGAGUUCUGAUGGCAGUGAAAGGAAACUGGUGCUGAAAAGACCUUUCCAGCGUUGCCGAUUCAACCCCGUUCAUGUCGUGGAUACCGAAUGGGAGAAUUUCAUUGCUGCCCACGUUGAACAAGAUCAGCACCAGGAUGACGAGGAUUGUGGUGAUUUGGAUGGAGGAGUCCCGAUCGGAAUUUUUUCAAUUGCCGAUAAUAAUUACUUCAACCCCAAAACUCCCGAGUACAACCCCGCAGUGAUUUCCCCAUUCAGCAUCCCCUCUGCUGCAAAGUCUUCUAUUCCCGCCGCAGGUCCUCGUUUGGAUCCCAUCCUCGAAGAUGAGGAGCUUUCCGCCUGGCUCGACGCUAAUCCAGGCUCGUCUCUUUUCUCUCGCAGCUAUCAUGCUCAUCAGUUGAUGAACAGCUGUCCAUCGGCUGGUCCGCGCACUGACAACUGA